AUGUGGACUGCCCGCCGCAUUAAGUUUCCGGACUGCUUGCAUGUCACAUCUGGUUUCCUGAGCCGGUACCUGCGCUUAGGCCCGGUGACCAUGGCAAAGAGCAAGUUUGAAUACGUUCGGGAGUUCGAGGCCGACGACACCUGCCUGGCCCACUGCUGGGUGGUAGUGCGACUGGAUGGCAGGAAUUUCCACCGGUUUGCUGAUAAGCACAACUUUGCAAAACCUAAUGAUAGCCGUGCCCUCCACCUAAUGACGAAGUGCGCCCAGACUGUAAUGGAGGAACUGGAGGAUAUCGUGAUUGCUUAUGGACAGAGUGAUGAGUACAGCUUUGUGUUCAAGCGGAAGAGUAAUUGGUUUAAAAGAAGAGCCAGCAAGUUCAUGACGCAUGUGGCCUCGCAGUUCGCCUCGAGCUAUGUGUUUUAUUGGCGGGAUUACUUUGAAGAUCAGCCUCUUCUAUAUCCCCCAGGCUUUGAUGGAAGAGUUGUGGUGUACCCUACCAACCAGACCAUAAAGGAUUACCUCAGCUGGAGGCAAGCAGACUGUCACAUCAAUAAUCUUUAUAAUACAGUGUUCUGGGCGCUUGUACAGCAGUCUGGACUCACCCCAGUACAAGCCCAAGGGAGGUUACAGGGAACUCUUGCAGCAGACAAGAAUGAAAUUUUGUUUUCUGAAUUCAACAUCAACUAUAAUAAUGAGCCCCUGAUCUUUAGGAAAGGGACUGUGCUGAUAUGGCAGAAGGUAAGAUGGUUAUAUUUAGAGAAAAAUGGAGGUCAAGAAGAGAGCUCAGGAACAUGACAGUAGGACAAGAGGAAAGUAAAAGGGAAUAGAGGAAAGAACUAGGAGACA